CAAAUUUUCCCUUUUACAGAUAAUACCCUCAGCAUAAUGGCAAAGCAUAGUGGAUUCAGCCGUCAGAAGCAAGAAGUAUAUCUACUGCCAAUCAUAAUCAGUGAUAGUGGGAAUCCUCCCAUGAGCAGCACUAGCACCCUCACUAUUCGAGUCUGUGGUUGCAGCAGUGAUGGUAUUGUCCAGUCCUGUAAUGUUGAAGCAUACGUACUUCCCAUUGGACUAAGUAUGGGAGCCCUAAUUGCAAUAUUAGCAUGCAUCAUUCUGCUGCUAGUCAUUGUAGUGCUGUUUGUAACACUAAGAAGACAUAAGAAUGAGCCUCUAAUCAUUAAAGAUGAUGAAGAUGUGAGGGAAAAUAUUAUUCGGUAUGAUGAUGAAGGAGGUGGAGAAGAAGAUACAGAGGCUUUUGACAUUGCGACUUUGCAAAAUCCGGAUGGAAUUAAUGGAUUUUUGCCUCGUAAGGAUAUUAAACCUGAUCUUCAGUUUAUGCCCAGGCAGGGUCUUGCACCUGUUCCUAAUGGUGUUGAUGUGGAUGAAUUUAUUAAUGUAAGGCUUCAUGAAGCCGAUAAUGAUCCCACAGCUCCACCAUAUGACUCUAUCCAGAUUUAUGGCUAUGAAGGAAGAGGGUCAGCGGCUGGUUCCCUUAGCUCAUUGGAGUCCUCUACAUCAGACUCAGAUCAGAAUUUUGACUACCUCAGUGAAUGGGGUCCUCGCUUUAAAAGACUUGGAGAACUUUACUCAGUUGGAGAAAGUGACAAAGAAACUUGACAGGGGAUAACAAACUUUUUCACUGUUGACUUAAUGAUCAUGUAAUAUUCUAGGGCCACUGCUGUUAGUUAAAACUAAUGUGGCUUUUUGUUUUAGAGGCAAGUUUAGCGCCAAUCAUCUAUAAAAUCAAUUACAUUGUAAUGUUGAACCAAAAAAAAAAAAAAAGUAUAUGUUAGGAGGUUAAGUCUUGUGGAGUGUGAAGUAAAGUAUGUGGAGUGUCUAUAAGUCUUUGGAUAUUUGAUAUUCACUUGACCACUCUAAAUAUGGGGAUUUUGAUCUUUGAUUAUCUUCAGUGAAUUGAAAAGAACAAAAAGCAAUCGGUGCUUUCUUAGAAAAUGGACUUGCAGGGAUUUUGCUGUUGAACAGUAGCUCCUGCCAGUAUGUGUAAAGCUAAUGGUUUGUUUCUGCAUUGCCAACAAAGAUCCCACCACAGAAAUGUUACAAGCAAUAUCUUGGUUUUCAAAGCAAUGCUGAAUAGAAAUAGCAUUGUAAAUUCCUACUGGCUUCUACUGUGCAGUGACCAUACAUUGUACAUACAGUAUCAUUGGCCAUGUAACCAUAGACUGAAUAUCAUCUUUAAAUAUUGUGUCAAGCCUUAAAAUAUUCACAUGUUCUUAAUCCAUUCCAGUGAUGGAUAAUAAAUCCUACUAAUGUGCAGAGAUUCAGAGGCAGGGCUACAAAACCUUGCUGUAAAAAGGGAUCUUUUUAUAGAAGAAGGUUCAAUUCUGUGUUUCGUCUUCUGAAAGUAAACAAAAAAAAACAAAAAAACAACUGUUAAAGGGGAUGUACUUAUAUGAAAGAAUUGCUGAUUUUAUUGCUAAAGAUUGAAUUUAUUUGUUUAAUCUUUGAAAUAAAUAUUUUAUUGAUGUCCAUUGCUGCUUUUAUUUAUUAAGCCUGGUAAUCUAUAGAGUAAGAUUAUGAAGAAAACUAAAUUAUAUCUGUUAGAUCUUUUUCUAUAUAUAAUGAAUGUUUAAUACAUGUACAUUUUGAAAAGAAAAAUGACAAAUGGUUGCCAGAUAAAGCAGUUACCUAUCCAUUUGCAGUAGCCGAAUUUUAAGAGAAUGCUAGCAGAAAUAAAACUUUCCCAGAGAAAACUUUUGGCAGUUUUAUAUCUUCAUCGUAAAUCUAGUUCCUGGUGUUUUUAAUACAAGCACAAACAGCUGGAAGUAAACUGGUUCAUGUGAAUAUUUAAACUAUAGACUUUUAGAAAUCCACACAUAACACAGUACAGUAAAAAACAUGCUUAUAGUUCUCCACUGUAUUAGAGCAGGAACCAGUGUGUACAUAAUUUUACUGCUUAUGUUAUUAGCAUUUCUUUUCUAUAAUAUUCAUAGUGAUGCACCAGGGCUCUUGCACACAGAGAAAGAACACUAGAAGCUGCAAGCAUACUCAAUUUGUAAUGCAAACUUGCCAUUUAGAAGUAGCAAUUGUAUAAUAAAACUACGUAUUACAUGCAAAUCAUUUUAAUUUUCUACUUUGUUUUGAAGCUAUAUUAUUGUUUGUUUAUUUACUCCAUGUAUUGUAUCCAGAGAAACUCCUGUAUUGUUUCCUACUUUGUGAAAUAUAUUUUUAUAAAUA